AUGCACCAACUCUCUGCAGAUAUUUUGGAGGAAAUUCUGUCAAGACUCCAUGUGAAAGAUCUCUUGAGAUUCAAAUCCGUCUCCAAAACAUGGAAUUCGAUAAUUUCUAGCCAAUAUUUCAUUAACUUGCAUCUCAAGAAAUCAAUCUCCAGCCCUUCCCACUGUAGGAUCUUCCCUCCAUAUUCUGUUAGCCUUGUCUAUGAUGAUGUCCAACAAGUCGAGCUGACGUGGCCUGACGAAGCCACCGGAUAUUUCAUCGGAAUAUCCUCUGAUGGUCUUGUCUGUUAUAUGGAUAAUAUAAGCGUUCACCCUACGAGAAUCUGCGUGUGGAAUCCAGCUACAAGGGUGUCAAAAACUCUGAAUAUUGAUGGUAUGAAAUUUCAUCUUCUCGUAUCCUGGUUUGGACGAGAAUCAUCCGAUGACGUGUACAAAGUUGUUUUGGGGAUUUGGUUAAGAGAGGCAAACAACCCACAAAUCGCAUUCAACUCAUCUCCCUAUCAAUCGAUGAUUCCCAUCAAGAUCAAGACUCGAGAUAUUAUUCAACCCCAGAAUUUAAUAUAG